CAACAACACUGAGUAAUCCCAAGAGGAAUAGAAAACACAUUUCCUUUUCUUCUGGGAGAGGACUGCCAAGAAAGGGUCAAAGCGGAGGUUACAUGAAAGAGAAAAACCUGAGGUCCUUGAAAGGCAAGGGUGCAAAAAAGAAGGGAAGCAGCGGAAAAGGGACGGAGACACUUAGUAUUGUACAGUGAGGAAAAGAAGUAGAGAGCUGUAGUUUUUAACGAGCCGUUUGCUGCCCAUGGAUCCAGCGUGCUUGUCUGAGAGCAUUUAUAACCUCAUACCCAAUGACUUCAAAGAACCUCCCCGGCCUCCUAGCAAAUGGGAACCAGAGAUCUGAGCACCUCCUGGGAGGCUGACCAUAGCAAAUAAGAGGGACUUGAGUCUACCAUCUCUUUGAAGGCAAAUAUUUUUAUUGCUGUUUUGCUCCAUUCUGAUUAACGAUACGCAUCAAUUUUUAGAGCAGCUGUAAAAAAUGACAUGAAAAAAUCUAAAACGUCAAUGAAAACCAUGGGACCAGCCAAAGUUGAAGUUCCUUCUCCAAAAGAUUUCCUAAAGAAACAUUCAAAGGAAAAAGCCCUACCACCCAAAAAAAAGUUCGACUGGAAUGAGCCCAGAAAGCCUCCUGUGCCGCUGAGGACUGAUCACCCAGUCAUGGGAAUACAGAGUGGAAAAAAUUUUAUAAAUACAAACGCAGCCGAAGUCAUCAUGGGAGUGGCUAAAAAGCCUAAGCCAAUUUAUGUUGACAAAAGAACUGGAGACAAGCAUGAUCUGGAAACAUCAGGACUUCUUCCGAAGUACAUCCAUAAAAAGGAUUAUGGCGUCACACCUGAAUACAUAUGUAAGCGGAAUGAGGAAGUGAAGAAAGCUCAGGAAGAGUAUGAUCAUUAUAUCCAGGAAAACCUCAAGAAGGCAGCUAUGAAAAUGUUAUUGGAUGAAGAAAGAGAUGCUGUUCUGCAGGGGCUAAAGAAGAACUGGGAAGAAGUACACAAAGAGUUCCAGUCCCUCUCAGUCUUCAUCGACUCUCUACCAAAGAAGGUCCGUAAGCAGAAGCUAGAAGAAGCGAUGAAACAGCUGGAACACGACAUUGGUAUCAUCGAAAAGCACAAGAUUAUUUACAUUGCCAACAGGAAAUAGUGGGUUAUUAAAGGGCAGUAAUCUAAUGUAGGAAAACCUGAAAAUUAUAUUAAAACAAAAAUUCUCAAACUUGACAAUUUUAUGAAGAGAAUAAAAGUAAUUUACACAAAA